AUGACAGAUUCACCCAUCAGUGACCUGGACUACAAGUCUGCCAUGGAGAAAGGCAGGAAGCUGCUCAAAAUGAUUCACAGCGAAUUUACUGUCACGCAAAGCCCAUACCUCACGCGCGGGGAACUGGACAGUCUCGGUAUUCAAGGUUCUGACUCUCACUUCAUCAAUGUCAUAGACGACUACACGAAAGACGUUAUCACUGGCGAAACACUUGUAGGUCUAAGCGACGUGAGGUUCAUGUCCGAUAUCAAUCUUGAAGCUGGAAUUCUCAUAGCGAACUACAGCUACAGCCCGACAUACAAGGCCAAGGAGUUGAAAUCGCUGGCGGCUGCUCUGUUACCCUCGUUGAAGCACUGGUCCGAUAUAGCCUUCCACCAACGGGCCCACUCUCAACACCCAGAGGAAGAAGUACGUGAUCUCAAGUUCAUCAUGAGAGAAACCAUCGCGAACGAAGAUACUUUGGCUGUCGUUGAUAGCAUUCUCGACGCUUCACCUCACCAGUCACAAGCUUGCACGCGGUCGGGACUAUAUCUGGACAUGACCAGUGACCAUGCCAUAGCUCUGCUAGGCACAGCACACGGUGCAGGUGUAGCUUGGUUACUUGCGCAGCAUCGAGACCAACUUGGCCAUAAGGUAAUCGCUGGAAUAACGAUAUUCUACAGCGGCGAGCCGCCAGACCGCAACAGAGCCCCCAACUUGCUCUUCUACCUUCGUGACGCGAGUGCGAAUGAGAGACCUAUCGAGAAGUUGUGA